UUGUCCAAGACCAACACCUCGAGCCACACCACAACACCCAUGAUGCCUCUCACACUCUUCCGACGUCUUGCGCGGCCCUCGGUCCUCUCCGCAGUUUCUUUCGCUCCAGCGCGAUCAAUCUGGCCACCAAUCGCCGCCUCCGCUUUCCAGAACAGUACCCCGGCCUUCGCAGCUCACCCAACACCGUCGUCGCGCGCACAAAAAUGCACAUUAAUACAAGUCCUGCGACAGGGGAGGAUAGCACAGAAAGCGCGUAAACUGCGAUCGCCGCAAUUGAGGGAUAGGCCGGAGCUGAAGGGCGUGUGUCUGAAAGUGGGAACGACGAAGCCGAAGAAGCCCAACUCGGGCGAGCGAAAGAUUGCGAGGGUCAGACUGAGUACGGGCAAGGUUAUCACGGCGUAUAUUCCGGGAGAAGGUCACAAUGUACAGCAGCAUUCAGUUGUCAUGGUACGAGGCGGGCGAGCGCAAGAUUGCCCUGGUGUGAAGUACCAUUUGGUCCGAGGAGCACUGGAUCUGGGUGGUGUCGGUAGCAGAAUCACCUCACGGUCCAAGUACGGAACGAAGAAGCCCAAGACGGCAUAGAUGGACACUGUGGUGGAGUGUAUACACAUGAUUGUACCAUACCCUAGCAUCGUGGGCGUUGAAUACAGCGUACUUAGAAUUGCAUCAUACGGCUACUCAAGUAUUAGUUCAAGGGCAUUAGCACAACUCAGACGUUCGUCAUGGCACUUUUUGACAUGUGUGCAUGUAUUAAUGGCAGCUGUUAUCCAUCC